AUGGGUCCGGGUGGCUAUCCACCGCAGUUUGGCAUGUAUGGCCCUCCGCAGGGAGGAUUCGGGUUUCAAUUUGCCCCUGGCGAGAUGCCCUUAUAUAAUCAGGCGGGAUAUGAUAUCUACACACAGGGUCCACCCCCAUCCACGGGAUCGCGACGAUCCGGCGAACCGAUGCAGCGCAAGAAAUCCUUGUGUGGCCCUAUGACCGAAGAGGAUCGUGGAGAAUUACUCUCUCGUCGAUCCUUCCGCAAUCCGCCGUCUGAGGCGGGCCAGUCCACUGGCAAAAUAGCGCGUAGCGGAAGUAUCUACUCCAGAGGCUCGCGCCCCAGCAGUCUCUCGCGCGGCAUGAGUGCCCGCGACUUGGCCCAGGAGGUCUUCCUGACGAACAUGGAGGAGAAGGAGGAGCUGAAGAUGUACUACGGCGACAUGGCGGAGCGGGAGGAGGCGUUCGAGCACCGCGGGGCGCGGGCCGUCGGCACUCAUCGCGAAGUGAGCGGGAAGGACGUGGCGCAGCCCCGCCGUCUGCAGCGGCGCGGGAAAAUGGGAUACGGCGGCGUCACUUCGCACCGCACGACUGUCAUGCGCAACGGCGGGCGGUGGGGAAAUAUGGAACUCCGGCGGCGGUCGUCAACGGCCUCAUCGCGGGAUCUCGAACCCGACUGGAUGGCGCCGAUGCCCGUACCAAUGAUGCCGGAGCCCGUUAUCAUGCCGGAACCCGUGCGGGUUAUGAGCCAAAUGGACAUGAGCAUCUAUGAUGAUGGGGAUGUAUUCAAGGAUCGCAGCUCGCAAUCUUCAAAGUAA